UGCAUAUUUAGUUAUAUAUUUUUUUUAAAGUAUGACAUGAGUAUGUAAAUGGAUAGUUAUUGUAAAAUGAAUAAAUAAAAAUAAUCGUUUUCAUGGUGAAAUCUGUGGUACAGAAAGUAGCUUUGAUUCGAUUACACAGUUGUUAUUUCGAGCGUUCAGCUAAUGUGUUACAUGUGCCCGUACGGCCUUUUUCAAAUGUUUCGUAUGCUGUGCUACGUUACUGGGUAAGAAGGUGUGCGUGUUGCAUAUUGGUGUACGUAAAAAUAACGACUGAUUUCAAAUCUUUUAUGACUUGCUGUGCGAUCAUAACGGAUGAGAAAUAAUUACCUCAAAAUAAGUUUGGUAUUUUUUUUUUCUUAGAUUGUAGAAGAUAAGAGAAAAAAAAAAAAAGAAAGAAUAAAUCAUGAGUGGAAAUGCAGAGCAACCAACACUCGAUGGCAAUGAGGUAAUUCAAACUGAUACUCCAAUAAACCUGACAGUUGGCCAAAUAAAUGCAGAGCAAGGAGUGUCUGUAAGCUCUGUCAUGUCAAUCGCUACUAAUACAACCACCGUAGCCACAACAUCAACAGCCACAACAGAGUCAACUGCAGACCAAGAGGCUACAGAGACUCUACAUAGAAGUUCUACCAGCUCAGAAAUGUUUAAGUUGCUGCAAAUGCAAAGGCAGAACUUAGAGUUACAAAAUAAAAGUAUAGAAUCAAUGAAAAUCUUGAUGGAGCAUGUCCGGAUGGUUUCAGAAAAUUUUCUAGAAGCCGAAAGAUUCAGAAUAACAAAUAGAGGACAGAGCCGUAUGGAGAGUUCAUCUAGAGUAGAAGAAAUACGACCACAAGUGACUGAUGAAGUUCUUGACCAAAAUAUUACACAACUAGAUGUCACAAAAGUCUUAAGUCAAUCAUUAACAACAUUAAAGGAAACUUUAGAUUCAAAUAAAAAGUCGCAAAAUUAUCAUGUUAAAAGAAAUUACAUUUUAACUCAAAAGGGUGACAUAAAUAUCUGGUUUGAUAAACUUAAAUCAGAUUUGAAUUCUAAAGAGUUGUUAGAUGUAAUAGAUGGAACUGUAGAAGGUCCAGUUAAUAUAGAUGAACAAACUUCUCUGAAGAGAAAACAAAUAGUAAGAGAAAUUAUUACUGGUCAUAUAGAUGAUAAGUACUACAAGAAGAUUCUUAAUACACAAGAUCCCAGAGAAAUUAUUGAAAUGCUAAAAGAAUCUAAACGUGUUGAGAAAAAUGUAACACAUUCAUCAGUCAGAGCAAAAUUAUACAGUAUAAGAUUGCAGAAAAAUGAGAAAGUAGAAGAAUUUUGUAAUAAAUUUGAUAGCAUUAUAACUGAAUAUGAAGCUUGUGUAAAUGCUGUCCCUCUAGAAGAUGAAGAAAAGAGGUCUGCUUUUUAUCAAGCUGUUUGUGAUGCAGUUCCAGAGAUCAGGGCAUCUGAUGUAACAUAUAGAAGAGUCACAAAGAAAAACAUGACUUUAGAAGAGUUAAAAGCCACUUUAUUGGAACUAGAAGCAGAAAGACAGUCUGGAAGUAAUAAAAAUUAUCAGCAAGAUGUAGUAGUACAUCAAGCAAAACGAUUUAAAUCUGACAAAGAAAAUGAACUAAAAUGCUUCAGAUGCCGGCCGAAGCAGAAGACGACUAUCGUUGACCUCAACCAGGUGUUUACUGUCGGAGGUAUGCCGAUUCCGACCCUGCAAGCUCCAUGA